AUGACGACCGAGUCAUACGUCCUCCCGCUGCACACACCUUACAUGGCCGUGUGUCAGGGUCACCGCCUCUGUAGCACUUACAAGACGGCGUACAGGGUGGCGUACCGCCAGGUGAGCAGAGUGUCGUCUUUUUCCAACUCCUACCCUGAAUGUUGUCCGGGAUGGCGCAGUUUUCACUCGCUUAAUUGCAACCAAGAUGUGGACGAGUGCCUGGGCGGGCAUCCGUGUGCUCACCUGUGCGUCAACACGCCCGGGAGUUUCCGAUGCCUGUGCCGCUCAGGCUUCGUCCUGGGUGAGGACGCCCGCACCUGCCAGCUUCUCGCCGCUCCAACGCCAUCUUUGGCGGCUUUUACGGUUGCGCCGCCCGCUAACACUGCACUCCCUGCAGGCGUCGUUCCCGGGAAUGUGACGGAGGAAGUGCAGAGCCUGAAGAACAGAGUGGAACUUCUGGAGAAGAAGCUGCAAAUGGCGCUGGCGCCGUACAGCAGCGAUUUCCAGGAGGAAGGCACAUCGGAGAACAGCGCCACCUUGCUGUCGCACUCCUUCCGCCAGCUGGACCGCAUCGACUCUCUGAGCGAGCAGAUCGGAUUCCUGGAGGAACGUUUGGGAAGCUGUUCUUGCCAAGAAAACUAG